AAUCUGAUGACAGAGAACGUCUUUUAGUUUCCCACAGCACAUCUUCAUAUAAUUCAGUAAUCAUCAGUCAUUAAGCUCCACAAAGAUUCUUAAAACUUCUCAAACUGAAGAUAUUAAGCACAUUGUACUCUGCUUCUUAGAAAUCCAUUCUUUCUUAAAUUUCUGCUUUCCCGUUGCCAUGGAGAAGGUCCAGCACAUUACUCGCUCUGCUCUGAGGAGAGCCUCAACUAUUGAGAUACAUCCACAAACACGGCAAAGGCUUCAGGAGCUUUUUGUAAACUUCUGUCUUAUCUUAAUAUGUCUGUUGCUUAUAUGCAUCAUUGUGAUGCUUCUUUGAAGUCCAGCUUUUUUUGAUUGAUCUUCGCUAUGGGAAAUGUACCAGAAGGAGAAAAGAACCAAACAAGAAACAUCCAGCACAAGGAAAUCUAUGCAAGAAAGUCCAGCACUCAAUCUAAAAAAUGUCUCACCAUCUCCACUCUUACUCACUGUAACCAUUAAAAGCACCUGUACUGAACAGUGAUGUGAAAACUACUAUCACAAGGCGAUGCAUGAGCUAAUUUGCCUGCUUUAUUUUUAAAGGAAGACUUCUGUGGAUGUUGAUGAUUGGUGUUUAUAAUUACUUGUGUUAUGUGUAAGACUUCCAACGAUAAAGUUUUAAACAGCAGCCUUGAAAUUUUGGUUCCAGAUUGUUUGUUUGUUAUUACUAAUCAGCUAUAAGUGUUUACUUUCAUGAAUAAAGAAUGGGCUGAAUGCACUAUUAUUAAAUGCACAAUGAAAUCAUUAUAUAUUCUAAGAAAUAUGCAUAUCUUGAGUACUUGGAUUGUUAACUGAAGCAAUUAUUAACUUCUUUUCCCCUACCUAUUCCUAAUAUAAGUUUGAAAAAGACAAUAAAGCAUUGCAUAUUUAUUGCCUCGUUCUACUAAAAUGCAAAUAUAAAUAUACAGUCUGUUUGUAACCUUCAACUGGGUGAAAUGAUAUAUCAUAAGGCAACCAUUUUUGAAUCAAAGUACCUGAAAUGGGAUAACUUAAAGAAGGCACCCAAAAUCUGGGGCCCAUUUGCUCUUGUGGAAUUGAAAUUUUGCAAGAUGAAGAAGAUUCUUUCCAAUGCUCCCUGUGAGCCUUCCCCCUGUGGCCAGCAGGAAGCCAGAAGCUGCUUCUGCUCCCACUGCUUGUUUGCCUGCCCAUAGUCAUUCUGUUUUUCUGAUUAGUUAAGGAAAUAUCUCAAAAAUGAUCUCAUGGAUUGUCUUGUUUGAUAUAUUUAUAAAUAUUGAAUAUAUUCUCUUCUGUAACACUAGUGGUAUCUUCCAGGUAACACAUUCAUUAUGCAGUUUGCUAUUCAUUCAUAUAAUUUAGCAAGAGGUCUAGAUGGUGAAUUCUUGCAAGUUUGAUCUUUUCAUGUUUUUGUUCCACAAAGAAUCAUCUAUCACAGCCAAAAUAAAUAAAUCUGUACAACAGCCUCUUAUUGGUUGCAGUAGACGUUCACCUGUUGUCAGAUUGCAUAUAACAAAUAGCAUUUGUUCUUUUAGCACAUCUAAAAAAAGUGAAGAAUUAAAUCUGAUUUCAAAAAUUUUCCCAAAUAUGAUAUUAAGUGAACUAUGGAUAAAAAUUAUUUUGGUCGUGUGAAACCUUUUUUUAUAGAAAUGGUUCUUCUUAUCACUUCUAUGAAGUUUAUAGGCUGUCACUUUAACUAUAUAUGUAUGUGUAUAUGAUAUCACUAUACCUAAAGUGGUAAGAAACAAAUGUUGAAUGAUUUAUUACAAUAUUAGAAUAAUUCCAGUCAUUGAGAAUGAGAAUGUACUCUUCAUAUCAUAAUUAUGUUACAUAUGAAUUUAUUUUCCCUACUGAGAAACAACCAGUUCUAAACUUUCCUAAAAUAAAAUGAAAGCGAACUGUUUAACAAGGUACUAGAGUUUAUUUUAAUUUUCACUGUUUAAUAUAUUAAAAUUAGUUCAAUCAUUUUUGUCAACACUAAGGAUUAUCUGAUCAUAAAUAAAGCAUGUC